AUGUUUAAAUCAUCGACUCGAUUUGCCUUGUUCACACUAUUGAUCGUGGCAACUCUCAUGCUCUGUACCAUGGUUUCAGUUCAUGAAGCCAAAAGACGUAAACACAAAUGUCGUACCAGAUACUAUUAUAUUCAAGCAGAGGAAGUGGAAUGGGAUUAUACUCCUUCAGGAAGGGAUUUGAUGACUGGUGAACCACUCUCUGGCAACAAUGUGAAUAAUCCUUCUCAAUUCUUGCUUGGUAAUAAGGUUCAAAAAGCUCGUUACAUUCAAUACACAGAUUCAACCUUCACCACCAAAGUACCUCAACCAAAACAUUUGGGUAUUUUGGGUCCAGUGAUUAGAGCAGAAGUCGGUGACCGAAUUAAAGUCUUGUACAGAAAUAAUGCAACAUUCACCAACUCCAUUCACGUUCAUGGAUUUUUCUACCUAAAGACUAGUGAAGGUGCAGCUUAUUUGGAUGGAACUUCUGGUACUAAUCCAGCAGGUCCUGGUGACGCCAUUGAGCCUGGACAAACCUAUCUUUAUGAAUAUGAAGUUCCAGAAAGAGCAGGACCAGGUCCAGAUGAAAAAGUCAGCUCUUUGGGUUGGAUGUAUCACUCACAUGCAUUGUCUGAACCAGCUGAGACUCAAUCAGGAUUAAUGGGAUUCAUUGUGGUCACUCGAAGAGGAUCUGCUAAAAAGAAUGGAAAGCCAAAAGAUGUGGAUCGUGAACUAUUUGCCUUAUUUAAGGUAUUUGAUGAAACCAAGUCUGCUCUUUUCAAUUUCAAUGUUCAAAAGUAUUUGAAUGCAUCUGGUCAACUUUCUCAAGAGACUUUUGAUCGAAUUAGAAAUACUCCAAAAUUCAUUGAUGAUCAAGCCAAAGAUUCCAUUAAUGGUUUACGUUAUCACAACUUGAAAGGACUUGUCAUGAAGAAGGGAGAACGUGUAAGAUGGUACAUUAUGAGUGUUGGUAGUGUUAUGGAUAUUCACCCUGCGCAUUGGCAUGGUAAUACUGGUUUUGAAAAUGGAAUUCAUAGAACCGAUACUGUAUUGGUUGGUCCUGGUCAAAACACAAUUGUUGAUAUGAUUCCAGAUAAUCCUGGACGUUGGAUGUUCCACUGUCAUAUUGAUGAUCAUAUUGAUGGUGGUAUGAGUGCUACUUAUGAUGUCAAAAGAAGACGUUAG